AUGAAGCUAACUACUACUCUUGCGCCCAUGCUCGCAGCACUCACUCCGGCCGUGGUCGGACAGGUGCAAUCGCUAGGGUCUCUCGGUCAAAUCACGAUCGAUUCGCAUAGUGACCCUGAUGUGCAUAGCAUAUACAGCACUACAGCACCGACGAAAUGCGAGAAGAGCGCCGUCGGAACAGUCAAUGCUACAACGAUCGAAAUUAGCCAGCACAAGGUGCCAAUCAAGUGCACUUUCUACUCGGAGCACAAAUGCAGUGGCCAAAACUACACCCUGGGAGCUGGUAAGCACGACUUUAAGAAGCGGCCGUUGUUGGUGGAUAGUUUCGAAUGUGCCCGAAACGAGACUGCUACUAGUUCCUAG